AGAUGGAUUAAAUAGGCGAGCCGAGCCACAUCGAAUAUGGCGGCCUAUUGACGUACAAUUUCGCCACAGAUCGGGGGUCUAUGUAUAUUUCAACUCGACGAAUGAGUCACUUAGGUAGUGAAGUUGUGCUCGUACGGUUAUCACAUUCGGAGCUCGACGGUUGACCUUUGUUCGUCGUCGCAUCGGGGACAUUCGCUCGGUUAGCUGAGCAACGGUUCGGCUCCGGGCGGGGUAGAACCGAGAAGCGUGUGCGGACAGACGGACGGACCGAGUGUCUGCUGGUGCUGCGGCCAUGGCUUCGCUUGGCAACUCCGCAGCCACGUCCUCGAGUGGUAGUCCCAUGGUGGUGCUUGCGCCCAAGACCAAGACGAAAAAGAAACACUUCGUUCAACAGAAGGUGAAAGUGUUUCGAGCCAGCGAGCCUGUCCUCAGCGUGUUCAUGUGGGGCGUCAAUCACUCGAUUAAUGAUCUCAACCAGGUUCCGGUACCUGUCAUGUUGCUCCCUGAUGACUUCAAGGCCAACACGAAAAUCAAGGUUAACAACCAUCUCUUCAACAAAGAAAAUCUUCCUGGACAUUUUAAAUUCAAGGAGUAUUGUCCUCAAGUCUUUAGAAAUCUAAGGGAGCGCUUCGGUAUAGAAGAUUUGGACUAUCAGGUGUCAUUGACCCGCAGUCCCCCGACGAGGAGUGUCAACGAGCAAGGAGAGGGGCUGCUCCUCAACUCCUACGACCGCACUCUGAUCGUCAAGCAAAUCUCCAGCGAGGAUGUGGCGGACAUGCACAGCAUCCUGUCAGAGUAUCACCAACACAUCGUGAAGUGUCACGGGAGCACCCUGCUCCCACAGUUCCUGGGAAUGUACCGGGUGAGUGUGGAGAGCGAAGAGACCUACUUGAUUGUCAUGAGGAACAUGUUCAGCCACAGAAUGGUAGUCCACAGGAAGUACGACCUGAAGGGUUCUCUGGUGGAUCGAGAAGCAAGCGACAAAGAGCGAGGUAAAGAGCUUCCCACCUUCAAGGACAUGGACUUCAGAAACAACAUGCAAAAAGUGUACGUGACAGAGGAGCAGAAGGAGAAGUUCAUGGAAAAACUAAAUCGGGAUGUGGAGUUCCUGGUGAAGCUGAAGAUCAUGGACUACAGCCUGCUGUUGGGCAUCCACGAUGCGGGCCGGGCAGAGAGGGAGGAGGAGGAAGGUGAAGAAGUUUCCAACGAGGACGAGCAUGAGGCGGAGAACGGCUCGGCCCCCGGCCCUACCGCGGGCUCUUACGGCACGUCUCCGGAGGGGAUCGCCGGUUACAUGUCCUGUUGCAAGCCUCUCGGGCCCGGGGAGUUUGACCCUUAUGUGGACGUCUACGCCGUCGCCAGCUGCCCGGGCGCCCCUCAGAGGGAGGUUUACUUCAUGGGCCUAAUCGAUGUCCUCACUCAGUACGACACCAAGAAGAAAGCUGCUCACGCAGCCAAGACUGUCAAACACGGGGCGGGUGCUGAAAUUUCCACCGUACACCCCGAGCAGUAUGCCAAACGAUUCCGGGACUUCAUUUCUAACAUUUUUGCAUAAACUGAACACAGAACUCAGAACUCUCUUACCAUUGACCAAACUGUGUGUUCGAAGGCAAUAUUUUUUAUUGGUUGACAUGAAGAAUGACUGCUUGGAUUGUUUAGAUGACCAGUAAAGUGUGCUUCAUAAUCAUAUAUUUCUUUCCGAGAUUCGCUUUUGCUGUUCUUAUGAAAGGAAUAAAUCUGGAGGUGUAAUUUACCUCGAUCAGUCUUCAAGUCUACAAGUGGGCAAUGGAGUUUCUUCCAUGAAAAUACCUUUCCACUGAAAAAUACUUUACAUUUGAAAGGAAAUUUUUCAAAAUUGGCCCUUCUAGAAAUUUGUCCACAUGUCACAAGAGGGCGCUGUUGUGUGGUGCAGCUGCAAGUGGGAUUCGAGUUUGGUGGCAACUCCACCUUGUCGUCACAUCAGCUAAAUCGCUACAAAGUGAAGUCCACUUUACAAAAAUUUGCUGAUGUAUUGCACAUUCCAGGAAGGCGGAGCUUCACUUUUUCUUUUUUUUUUUU